AUGGACCUCUUUGUGAAGGGUGCAGAUGGAACAUACAAUAAAGAGGCUGAUUAUGACUACCUCGCAUAUUUGUUUGCAGAUCUAGCCAAGCACGAAGAAGGACGAAAAUACUUCCUGACAAAACAAGAAUACGAUGGGGUUGUACCUCUCACAAAAAUGACGGUUUUCACCGAACACAAAUCAGACAUUCGCCGAAAAGGAGUUGCAUCGACGAUAAAGAAUGUUGCGUUCGAAAUUGAAUCACAUCCUUCAUUCUUGUCAGAGGAUGAGAUCAAUAUCUUACCAUAUUUACUGCUACCUAUUAUGGGGAAUGAGGAAUUCGAUGAAGAGGAAACCAUGGCAAUGCUACCAGAUCUACAACUAUUACCACCAGAUAAGGAGAGGGACAGUGAUCCCAUUAUCAUGCAAACACAUGUGGAAACAUUGAUGUUGCUCACAACCACAAGAGAAGGGAGAGAUCUUAUGAGGGAGAUCAAGGUUUACCCAAUCAUAAGGGAAUUGCAUUUGAAGGUUGAUCACGAUGAAAUGAGAGAGGCCUGUGAGAGACUGGUACAGGUUUUGAUGCGAGAUGAGGAAGGAGAGGAGAAAGUGGACGCAGGUAUGAAGACUUUGGCUCGAAGAUCUGACAAACCUUCCUCCUCGCCAAAACCAUUCUCAUCGCAGUCAAAUGGUAUCGCAGGAAGCUGGGCAUCACAAGAUGCAGAGGACCCUGCAUCAGAUUCGGAUGAUGAUAAGAUAGUAGAAGUAUAG